GUUCACGGAGCCGCUCUGACUGACUGUUGAACUCUAGCAGAGACACAGAGGGAAAAGUUGCUAAAGAUGCACUGAAACCUAGAAAACUGAGCAGUAACCAGACUCCAGUCCUCUGCGGCGGAACACAGGCUUUACUGUUACACCAAGUAUGAGGAACACGAGACCGACGCAACGGUCCAGACUGUUCUUCAGAGAUGACUGAAGCAAAGAAGGACUUUCAGCCCCCAUUUUAAAGCCAAAUACAGUUUAUUUAUUUGAUUUUGUUCUAAUUCAUUGGUGUCCAUCACACCGUGAGCACACCCCAGCAGCUGGGAACCAUGUCUUUUCUGAUCAAAAAGAAGAAGUUUAAGUUUCAAGUGCACUUUACAUUGGAGGAGCUGACAGCAGUGCCUUUUGUCAACGGAGUGCUUUUCUGCAAGAUCCGGCUGAUUGAUGGAGGGGACUUUGCCAUUCUCUCAUCCAGGGAGGAGGUGCAGCAGAACUGUGUUCGAUGGAGGAAGAAGUUCUCCUUCGUAUGUAAAAUGAGUGCUAAUCCAAUCACUGGAGUGUUGGACCCCUGCAUCUGCCGGGUCUCUGUACGAAAGGAGCUCAAAGGAGGAAAGACCUUCUCAAAGUUAGGUUUUGCUGAUCUCAACAUUGCAGAGUUUGCUGGUUCAGGCUCCACAGUGCGCUGCUGCAUCCUGGAGGGUUACGACACCAAAAACACUCGACAGGACAACUCUAUCCUAAAGGUAAUAAUUGGGAUGACUCUCCUGUCCGGGGAUCCCUGCUUUAAAACGCCUCCCAGCACAGCUAAAUCAGUCUCCGUUGGGGACGAGGACCCCACCCUGCAGCUGGACUGUAAGGGUGAGAGCACUGACUCAACAGUGACGCCGCGAGGAGGCAUCAUGGAGGGUCCUCGCACCUUCAAACCCAGACAGUCAUCAGUACGCAGCUCAGGGCUUCCUGAGGAGGGAGAGGGUGUGCCCAGCCCAGAUGAUGUCUUCCACACAGGUCAUUUCCGCAGCUCCAGCUAUGCCAGCCAGCACAGCAAGAUCUCAGGUCAGAGAGCUUCCUCAGGCUACAGCACAGCUCACUCUCGCAGCUCCAGCCUGACUGACCUCAGUCACCAGAGGAACGCCUCCUCCAGCAGCAGUGUCUCCUGUGGCCUCACCCAGCCCACCCAGCUACCUCCCUCCACCCCCACCGAGCUGCACCGACAAGCAACUCCCACUAAACCAGAGAGACCUCCUCUGCCCUCUGCAGCAGCCCUCAUGUCCAACAGAUCCUCCAGGAGAAAGAAGGACACGGUGCAGAGGCAGCACAGCUGCGUGGACGACACCCGCAUCGAUGCAGAUGAUAUAGUAGAGAAGAUUGUUCAGAGUCAGAACUUCUCUGACAGCAGCAACAAUGAAGACAGCAACUUGAGACUGUUUGUCAGCAAAGACGGGACCACUGCCCUUAGCGGGACGCAUCUCGCCAACAGGUACACUCGUUUCCUGUUUCGUUUUACCAACUCAUGCUCUAUAUCUAAGUGAUCAUGAUCCUCUAACUGUUGUGUGUUUUCUCAGAGGAACACCUGGUACUUUUGAGCCGGUGGUCAUCGAGACUCACUGACAGACAUGUGAACACGUCUCCAGCCUCGUCAGCUGGUUAGUGAUUCUGUGACAGCGGAUGACUGUACAUGCAUUUUUGUCUCAGUGCACACGGCUUGAAAUAAGACUUCUAUGAUAAAGAUACAGAGCCUUUUUUAAAGUGUAUUUAAUCAGGUGGUGGGAGGUGUGUAACACGUGAUUACUGUAUUUUCCCAAAUAGCAGAUGGGCCCCAAAUACAGACAGAUGCAGGCCUUUACUUUUGUCAUAUACGCAUAACUGAAAAUAUUCUAAUCUGCUCCUGGCUGCUGUGAUAAUUCUCAGUUCUACAGAGGAAGUGCUGACUUUAGUUACAGCAGCAUAAUGUUGACAAAGUAAUCUGAAUGAAUCAACAGCUAGUGAGAAUUGCAGGGCAUGACAGGUAUCAGGAGUACACAGUAUUUAUGCUCAUGCACACCAGUAAGUCAUUUAAAAUUACUUUGAUGCACAAAUCAAAAACUUGCACUCUGGAACUACGGUCAAGUAACUUUAAAAGCAGGAAUUUGAGCUGCUACAAUACUGAAUUUAUUCCCUCAUAUUGAUAUUGUUUGGACAGCAUUACAUUAAUUUCAGUUGUCCUCUCAUUUCACCUUUUUUUUGUUACACUGUGAUGUAACAUUUCAGCAAUACUUGCCACCUUUGACAGCUCAAUUCACUAUCUGUAUGAUACAGAUACCAGUAAUUUGCUUUUUUUAGGCUGUAAAUUAAGUGUCAGAUUCUAUUUGAAAAUUUACGGUAAUACAAAAAUAAUUUCCUCGACAGAACAUUGGAUGUGUGUCAGACCGGUCUCUGGCAUCUUUGCUCACUGACUGGAAGCUAUGACACAAAAACACAAUAAAAUGAUGCACUAUACAUAUUUAAGGUUUGGGUGUACAGGUGUACAAUUGAUUAUUUUAAACUAUUCAAGCAGAUAUGUUGCUGAGGAUCAGAACAGGGACGGCUCACUGACUCAUCAGUUUCCUACAUUUCAAAUCAAAUCACUGACUUCUUCAGUGUUAGGGCUUCACUGUGUGCAAUGCUGAACCUGGGAGCGGUCCGAAACACACCCAGAGACACUUUGACCGGUGCUAGGAGCACAAAUUACUUGAACAGUACCCUAAACACCACUGCAUUGUGGGAAUGGUAGUGCAACACUGUAAUAAAGGUGCAGUCAGGAGAGCCUCGUCAACUUGGAAAACUGAACAUUUCUGACAUUACCCGCUGGAAGUGGUACCUUGCAUUAUUUACCACCGAUCAGUCAAUUAAACCAUUUUUUGUCACUUGAAAUCCAACCUGUGCAACUUUUUUGGUGCUUUUGGAGUAAGAUCCCAACACCAAAAGCCACUUUUACCAUCUGUAUGAUACGCCGCUGGACAGCAUCAAAACCUGGCCAGACAGAACCAUUCAUGGUGUUAGUAUACUCUGGCAGAUGGUCGGAUGGCACGUGUCAUGGCAGCAUGAUACAUGGACAGUCAGGGUCGGUUGAGAAUGUGGCUGGAUGGAACCUACUUGACUGCAUGGUACACUGCUGGCUGGCGUCAGGUUGAAACCCUGCAGGUAACCAUAUAAAAUAAGGAGCAAGAAGGUCCCUAUGGGGUGGGCAGGUCCAACAAACCCAAGACUUUCAUGUAGGAGUCCGGUAUUCACUUCCCGGCUGAAUGUAGUGUUUUUUUUCCACACUUAACUAUGUGCCCCCAUCCUAACCUUCGGUGCUAGCAUGUGCUGUUGUUGAUGUCCCGGCAUUGGUUGCCAUGUGCUUGUGUUGUCUAAACUUAACCACGUGCAGCAUUAUCCCAACAUGUGCUUGUGUUGACAACUUGGGAUGAGAGCGUGUUGUGAAAUCAUGUAAGGUACUAUUCCAGCAAAAUGAACACAUGUCAAACCACUGGUUAAUUCGAUUUUAUCAUGUCAUAAUUAUCUGACUUUACGAGUUGACGAGGACCCACUGAACACAGCACAGGAGCCAUCAGAGGCUCUGACUGAGGACAGACGUCCUUUACAGACUGACUCAAAAUCAGCCUGAAACUGGAACAUAAGCUUUAAUCUUUUUAUUAUAUUUGAUGCUAUUUGAUCACUGUAUAUAUAUGUACUUAAUAUACGUUUUUGCACGUGUAUUCUGUGAGGCGGAUUGUUAGGAACCACUAAAAGGACAUGGAGAUUGCACAGUUUUCUGAAACGACAUAUGACAUGUUCAGUUUUUCUUUAUUCUUUUCCACAUUUCGUUUCAAAGCUCUUGUUAAAAUAAUAAGAUGUAUUUUGGUGAAUCUGUCAGAGCUGCUCGUAUUAGGCAGCACUCAGCAUGCAUUCAUAUGGCUGGCCAUAUGGAACCGUCCAUUCUCUGCACUUACAGGUACUUUGAAUUUGAAUGCUCUUAUAAACUAAGCUGCACAUUAUUAUGCACAGAAUAGCUGAGCCUUGAUUGCAGGUAUGUUAUGAGCAGGACAGGCUCAAAAACAUGUUACAUUAAAACCUGUUUCAUAGAAAAGUUACUGCAUUGAUUGAUUUUAGCUGUGAAGAAGACACAACACAUGACAUAUUAUCAUAUAAAGUUGUUGGUGCUACUGUGUUAGUAGUCACAAGUCAACACCAUCUGUAGGCAGGUUUCUAUUAACCAUCAAACUAUGCAAAAUGAAAUUGUGAAUAUUAAAUAUGGAAAGACGUCAUCUUCAAAAAAAACUCCCAUUUAUCGCAAAAAAAGUUUUUACGCUUACAGGCGAUUCGA